CUCACCUCUUCGACACAGCGAUCACGUCGUUUUUCUGGACCUGAAUUAGCCACAGAGUCUCAUCGCCAACCGAGCGUACGAUUCCCUGCACAACCCACGCCCCCCGUAUCUCCUAAUGUUACUCCCGUGACCGAGCCCGCUCAAAGUCGCAUCCCACAGCGAUCACGUCGUUUUUCUGGACCCGAAUUAGCUACAAGAGCAUCAGAGGUUGUUGUAACGCCCGUUGUAAUUGACCCUAAUGAUGAUACCGAUUCUCUUCGUCACAAAGCCAGAAUUGAAGGGAAUCGCAUGGAAGAAUGUUUCAAUCAAAGCUGCGAAGCGUACGCUUGUGACGAGCGAAGGCUCGCUAAACAGCUUUCCCUGAGGGGUGAGGCGUACAAAGCCAACAUGGAGCUCUUAGAUAAGGAAGCCAGCACAAAGAUAUUUCAAGAGAAUAAUAAAGGACUCGGGCCCAACACGAUUGAUCUUCACCGACUCUCUGUCUUCGAAGCCAAGGCAUACUUCGACGAUGCUAUUCAAGGGGUUCGGGACCGUGGAGAAUUGUCACUUCGUGUGAUCGUAGGAAAGGGAAUUCACUCCGAAAAUAACAUUGCCAGGAUCAAACCUGAAAUCCAAGAAUAUGGGAGAAGUUUGGGUUUGACUGUUGAAGUGGAUUCACGCAAUGAUGGCUGCCUUGUUGCGAAGAUUAAUGAUCCCAGCUAAGUUGAACGACAAUUUUUUGCGAUCCCCAUGUACCCCUUUUUUGUGUUAUUCUUCCUCUUUUCAUACUCGAGUGUGUACGAUACUAU